GAGUUAUUUUAAUGGUACCAUCCUUAUAUGCAGUGGCCAGUGUCGGACUGGAUGUUUUUUUCGUAGUGAUCUGGUGAUUUUUUCGUUUUUUUUUUAAAUUAAUUUCAUCUUCUGAAUGUGAGAGUCUUUCGUAGUGGCAAUUAUAAGAUUUGGAUAUGUCAAUUAGGGUUCCAGCUGUGUUCUGCUGCCUGAUAGCAGCAGUAUACGCUGCAAUCGCCCCAGGAGAGAACGCAUAUCUCCCCCCAAAACAAGGCUACGAUUAUCCCAGGCCCAACGUUCCGUUCCCACCUUCUCCCAGCUAUCCCCCUCCACCUCGGCCUCCAGCACCUCAACCACAGCCCCGACCAAUACCUCCAAGACCCACCUACGGCCCGCCUCCCACCGUUCCCACUCGUCCUCCACAUGCUACGGUUCCUCCUCCAUAUAGUCCUUCUCCAAGUCCUUUCAGGCCUCCGUCGGGUUCUCCAAGUGUUCCGUUCAAACCUACUGGACCUACACCUCAAAGACCUACAUAUAUUCCUCCACAGCCUACAAGUCCGCCGUUCCGACCUACUGGGCCACCAGCCAGACCUCCUGGAACACGAGCACCAGGAUACCUUCCACCACCCACCCAACCACCAUACCGUCCUUCAAGUCCUCCCCCUUACCAACCGCCAACCCGCCCACCGAGCCCACCACCCAGCUAUGGACCUCCUACUUCACCGCCUUUCAAACCUCAACCUCCAAGGCCUCAACCUCCUCAACCAAGGCCAUCUUAUGGACCUCCACCAACAGCAAGACCAACACCUCCACCCUACAGGCCACCAGGUACAACUCCUAGAACACUAAACGGCUUUGGUGAGAAAUGAUGGCGAUACUACAAAUGGAGAGUAUCGUGUUCAAUUACCUGAUGGAAGGACACAAGUUGUUAAAUAUGUUGCGAAUUGGGCAACUGGAUUUCAUGCCAAGAUAAGUUAUGAAGGACAACCAACUUAUAAUCCACAACCCCAACCUGGUGGUGGUUACCCAAGCCAGCGACCAUCGGGACCCAGUUUUCCUUCAGGACCAGCACCUAGACCGAAUAUUCCUUCACCGCCCCCGAGUCCUGGACAAAAGUACACUCCGGAUGGAGGAUAUAAGUAUUAGUGGUGCAACGGAACAAGGAUAGGUUUUUAAAAGACUUGUAAAUAAAAUACUCAUCUAGUUAGUUGGCAAUCAUACCAUAUGCAGACAAAAACAUUUGUAAAGCGGUUUCGUAAAUAGGAAAACGAACGAUUACUUGAUAAGAAAAGUCCGCUCUAAUUAUAUCAAGGCGAGGAAAAACUUUUUAUUUUAAUUAUUAUCGGCGCUAGAAUAUAUUUGGGGUACACAUUUUAUGAAAAAUGUUGGAAUUUUUUCAAUUUGCUUUAAGUUUUCCAUAAAUCUUUAGUAUAAGUUGGCAUAAUCUUGUGUAUAAUUCAAAAUGCAUAAAAGCACUGUUAUGACAAUUAUGGUUUUUUAUAGGCCUGGGACGAACUUUUCAAAUGUUACCUAAUACAACAUAUAAAUAACAUAAAAAUAUACUAACAUACUCUAAAAAAGUAUGACCCUUUCUUAACUGCUUCUAAAUACUGCCAAAAGUGUAUCUAUACUCUUAUGUGAUUAUUUUUUUGUUAUUUUAGCUUCUAAUAUCAUAUGUCUAAGCAAAAUUGGUUCCUUAAAUUAACUUUUUUUAAACGCGAGUAUUUCGGAAAUUUGGCGUCUCUAAACAUAUGUACUUUUGAACAUUUCUCUCAGUAUUCGUAUCUAAAUCCUGCGUAUUAUAUCUUGUUCUUAGGUCCGAAUAAUGUUCAAUUCAUUAGCAACCAAUAGGUAAUUUUUUAUAUUUUUACCUGUCCAAUGUGAACAGAUUCAAAAAAAUAUGUCAAAUCUGUAUUAUUUACGCACUUAUAAUAUAACAACUUUUAGUGUAGAUUUUUUGUGUAAUAUACAAAAUAUGUAUAUGAAUAAAGGUAUUUUUGUAGAA